AUGGCGCCUACAAAGAAAGACGGCGACGUCAAGGAGAAGAAGCUCAGUCCCGAUGAAUCUUCGAAACUCAUUCUCGACUACCUUCGCACGACUAAUCGCCCGUACUCCGCCACAGACAUUAGCGCCAACCUCAGCAACAAAGUGACCAAGGCUGCCGCCACCAAACUACUCAAGGACAUGCAUGAGCGGAAGGAGAUUGAUGGCAAGGCUGCUGGAAAGCAGAUUGUGUACUUUGCCGUUCAAGAAGAAGUCGAAGAAGGCUUCGAAGAAGCCAUGCAAGCCAAAGAGGCCAAGAUGGAGGAAUACCGAGAAACCAUCGCCACUCUCAAAGCCCAGGAGAAAGAAUUGCGCCAAUCGUUACGAUCCGGGGCCUCAGCCACCACCACCACUCUACCCGAACUCCAAGCUUGCGUCGAGAAAAUGGAGCAGGAGAAACUCGCCUUGGCAGACCGACUGGCUCGAUUGCAGAGCGGGAGUAUCAAACCCGUGGAUCCGGAGAAGAGAGCUCGUCUGAUGCGAGAGAGAAAAAAGUGGGCCAAGAUUUCUGCCGCGAGGAAGAAGAUUCGAAAAGAGUUGUGGGAGACGGUGCUGGAGAGUGUAGUGGAGAAGGAGAGGAUCGAGGAGAUUAAAGAGGAAAUUGGAAUCCAAGGCAUCUUUUGA